AUGGUGAAGUACACAGUGAAAGUGUUUACUGGAGAAAUGCUGCUUGCCGGCACAUUGAACAGUGUUUACGUCAAACUGGUCGGCACAAAGGGAGAAAUUUGUGGUGCUGGACACAGAGCCGUAUGCCCUGCUCGCCUACAUCAACGAUGGUUCUGCUCUAAAGUAAUGGUGACCACACCAGAGGGAGACACAGCCAGCUUCCCCUGUUACCGCUGGAUCUCAGGCUAUGAGCGUCUGGUGUUCAGAGAGGCCACUGGUAAGCUGAUAUUCAAUGAGACCUGCCCAGAGGCCAUAGAGGAGAGAAAGAAGGAGCUGCAGAGUCGCCAUGAGGUGUACUGCUGGAGUAUAUAUGCCGAGGGUCUACCCCAAAUAAUGAAAGUUGACAGGGCUUUUGAACUCCCUGCUGAGGUCCGCUUCUCUUUCACCAAGGACUUGGAGUUCAAGUUCACAUUAGCCGAAGCAUUGGUGGAGUUGAAUCUAGCAGGACUGUCCACCAACAAGGAACAAUGGAAGAGCCUAGAUGAACUCAGUCGUGUCUUCAAUUGCCACAAGACUGAUGUUUAUGACUAUGUCGAAAAGAACUGGAAGGAGGACGAGUUUUUUGGGUACCAGCUUCUGAACGGCCUCAACCCCAUGAUGAUCCAUCGCUGCUCCAAGCUUCCAGAGAACUUCCCCGUCACAGAAGACAUGGUGAAGGCUUCCCUUUUUGGAAAAAGUCUUGUAGCGGAAAUUCAGAAAGGCAACAUCUUUCUGGUUGACUACAAGCGCCUGCAUGGAGUGACUGCAAAUGUGAUCAACGGGAAACAGCACUUCUUGGCUGCUCCUCUCUGCUUGCUCUACAUGACAGACAAUAAGCUCAUGCCCAUCGCAAUCCAGCUGAAGCAGGAUCCUGGAGAAGACAACCCCAUCUUCCUUCCUACUGACUCUGAGUAUGACUGGCUCCUGGCCAAGAUCUUUGUGAGGAGCGCUGACUUCGCUGAACACGAGCUGAACUUUCACCUGCUGAGGACUCACCUGCUGGCUGAGGUGUUUGCCAUGUCGACACUGCGCAACCUACCAAUGGUGCAUCCCAUCUACAAGCUCCUGAUCUCUCACUCCCGCUACACUCUGCAAAUCAACACUCUAGCUAGACAGGCCCUCAUAUCCGAUAAUGGGGUGAUCACAGAGAAUGCCAGUAUAGGAGGUACAGGGAUGAUGGAGUUCCUGAAGAAUGCGAUGGCCUCAUUGACCUACAGCUCCCUCUGUAUGCCGGAGGACAUCACAGCACGUGGUCUGGAGUCAAUCCCCAACUUCUUCUACAGGGAAGAUGGACUCAGGCUGUGGGACAUCGUCCACAGGUUUGUUCAGAAAAUGAUUGGUCACUACUACACCUGUGACUCAGAUGUCCAGAAGGACUCUGAACUGCAGAACUGGAUCAAGGAGAUCUUCUUCCAUGGGUUCCUGGCAGAAACCAGCACAGGAAUCCCUCAGUCUUUCAGUUUGAUGACAGAGCUGAUCAAGUUUCUCACCAUGGUGAUCUUCACAGUGACUGUCCAACAUGCUGCACUCAACAAUGGCCAGUUUGAUUUUGGGGGCUGGAUGCCCAACUUCGCCAUCGCUCUGCAACAGCCACCUCCCACCACUAAGGGGCAGUGUACUGAGAGCACCAUGCUGAAGACCUUCCCUGACAUCAAUACCACCGUCCAUGGCAUGGCAGCGGUGUACCUUCUAAGCUCACAGUCUACUGACUUUGUCGCUUUUGGAAAUGGCUAUCAGGAUCACUUCAGUGAGAAGACCCCUCUGGAACUGAUUCACGAAACUCAAAAUGUGCUGAAAAAAUACAACUUUGAAAUCCAAGGCAGGAAUGUCUCUUUGCCCCUGUCAUAUACCUACCUGAAUCCCAACAAUGUGGAGAACAGUGUGGCCCUGUGAAAUGGGUUGGUCGUAUUUAUUAGGCACCAAAUGGAAGAA